GAUGACAAUUCAAUGUUUUUCCAGUUUGGACCCUCCAUUGAGCAGCAAGCCUCCGUGAUGCUCAAUAUAAUGGAGGAAUACGAUUGGUACAUCUUCUCAAUUGUGACAACGUACUUUCCUGGCUAUCAGGACUUCGUGAACAAGAUCCGCAGCACCAUUGAUAACAGCUUCGUGGGCUGGGAGCUGGAGGAGGUCCUCCUGCUGGACAUGUCGCUGGACGACGGUGACUCCAAGAUCCAGAACCAGCUGAAGAAGCUCCAGAGCCCGGUGAUCCUCCUCUACUGCACCAAGGAAGAGGCCACCCGCAUCUUCGACGUGGCCCGCUCCGUGGGGCUCACGGGGUACGGCUACACGUGGAUCGUGCCCAGCCUGGUGGCGGGGGACCCCGGUUCCGUCCCGCCCGAGUUCCCCCGGGCUCUCAUCUCGCUGUCCUACGACGAGUGGGAUUACGACCUGCCCACGAGGGUUCGGGACGGCGUGGCGGUCAUCGCCACGGCCGCGUCCACCAUGCUGCUGGACCACGGCUUUGUGCCGGAGCCUCGGAGCUCGUGCUACAGCGUGCAGGACAAGAGGCAUUAUCAGAGCAACCUGCUGAGCAGAUUCCUGAUGAAUGUCACAUUCGAAGGACGCAACUUGUCAUUCAGUGAGGAUGGUUAUCAAAUGCACCCCAAACUGGUCAUCAUCUUACUGGGAAAGGAAAGCCAGUGGGAGAGGGUGGGGAAGUGGGAGAACGGUUCUCUGGCGAUGAAGUACCACGUGUGGCCACGUUUCGACCUCUUCUCGGACGCGGAGGAGCGCGAGGACGACCACCUGAGCAUCGUGACCCUGGAGGAGGCGCCGUUCGUGAUCGUGGAAGACGUGGACCCCCUGAGCGGGACCUGCAUGAGGAACACGGUGCCCUGCCGAAAACAGAUGAAAAUCCUAAACACCACUGUGGACAGUGGGGUCUACAUCAAGCGCUGCUGUAAGGGGUUCUGCAUUGACAUCCUGAAGAAGGUCGCCAAGACGGUGAAGUUCACCUACGACCUUUACCUCGUGACCAACGGCAAGCACGGCAAGAAGAUCAACGGGACCUGGAACGGACUGGUUGUGUUCAAGCGUGCUCACAUGGCUGUGGGCUCCCUCACUAUCAAUGAGGAGAGGUCAGAGGUCAUCGACUUCUCCGUUCCGUUCAUCGAGACGGGGAUCAGCGUCAUGGUCUCCCGUAGCAACGGGACCGUCUCCCCCUCCGCCUUCCUGGAGCCCUUCAGUGCUGAUGUCUGGGUGAUGAUGUUCGUGAUGCUCCUCCUCGUCUCAGCGGUCGCUGUUUUCGUUUUCGAGUAUUUCAGCCCCGUCGGGUACAACCGCUGCCUGGCCGACGGGAGAGAGCCGGGAGGCCCCUCCUUCACUAUCGGCAAGGCGAUCUGGUUGCUGUGGGGACUCGUGUUCAACAACUCCGUGCCGGUGCAGAACCCCAAGGGCACCACCAGUAAGAUCAUGGUGUCGGUGUGGGCCUUCUUUGCCGUCAUCUUCCUCGCCAGCUACACCGCCAACCUGGCCGCCUUCAUGAUCCAGGAAGAGUACGUGGACCAGGUGUCAGGGCUGAGCGACAAGAAGUUUCAGAGACCCAAUGACUUCUCGCCCCCGUUCCGAUUCGGGACGGUCCCGAACGGGAGCACGGAGAGGAACAUCCGGAACAACUACUUCGAGAUGCACUCGUACAUGGUGAAGUACAACCAGAGGAACGUGGACGAUGCCCUGCUGAGCCUCAAGACAGGGAAGCUGGAUGCUUUCAUCUACGAUGCGGCCGUGCUGAAUUACAUGGCCGGGAGGGACGAGGGCUGCAAGCUGGUGACGAUCGGCUCGGGGAAGGUGUUCGCCUCCACUGGCUACGGGAUCGGCAUCCAGAAAGAGUCGGGCUGGAAGAGGCAGGUGGACCUGGCCAUACUGCAGCUCUUCGGAGACGGUGAGAUGGGGGAGCUGGAGGCCCUGUGGCUCACGGGGAUUUGUCACCAUGAGAAGAACGAGGUGAUGAGCAGCCAGCUGGAUGUUGAUAACAUGGCCGGCGUGUUCUACAUGCUGGGGGCGGCCAUGGCGCUCAGCCUCGUCACCUUCAUCUGCGAGCAUCUCUUCUACUGGCAGCUGAGACACUGCUGCAUGGGAGUGUGCUCGGGGAAGCCUGGCUUCGUCUUCUCCAUCAGCCGGGAGAUCUACAGCUGUAUCCACGGGGUCCCGAUCGCCGACAGCAAGCCGGCCCUGGACUCCCCCUCAGCCACGAUGAACAACGCCCACACCAACAUCCUGCGCCUGCUCCGCACAGCCAAGAGCAUGGCCAGCCUGUCCUCGGGGAUCAACGGGGGAGGGUCCCCCCACGGAGGAGGAGGAGGAGGGGGGGGGGCCCUGGACUUCGGAGGGGGCUACGAUGUCUGCGACCGCCGCCGAAGCUUCGGGGGGGCGUUGGGGCUCGGGGGCUGCCACUCCCCUCCCCUGCACCCGCCCCCUCCCCCGUACCUCCCCGAGGAGAACAUGUUCAGUGACUACAUCAGCGAGGUGGAGCGCACGUUCGGGAACCUCCACUUGAAAGACAGUAACCUCUACCAGCAACAGCAGCAGCAGCAGCAGCAGCAGCAGCAACAAGACCCUUAUCUGCAUCAUCACAGUGGAGGAGGAGGAGGAGGAGGAGGGCUGGGAAUGGGAUUGGGCUUGGGAAUGCUGCCUUCGUUGCACCCCAGACCCCGCAGCCUGGGGAGCGCGAGCUCCCUGGACUUGUACGACUGCGACAGCUUGAGCGGGGUCCCCCCCGUUUUCACCACCCAGCCCCGGGGCCCCCCGUUGCACCACAGCCGAGGAAACGGCAACAACAACCACAAGCCCCUGGACAGCCUUUUGUACGGGAAGUUCUCCUUCAAAGGGGGCCCGUUUUUCGGGGGCGGGGGCCAGCCGGCUCUGCAGCAGCAUCAGCACCAGCCGGCUGACGACGGAGGCAACAUCCGCUCGGACGUGUCGGAUAUUUCCACGCACACCGUGACUUACGGGAACCUGGAAGGCAACGCCGGGAGGAGGAGGAAACAGCAGCAGUACAGGGACAGCCUGAAGAAGAGGCCGGCUUCUGCCAAGUCCAGGAGGGAGCUGGACGAGAUCGAGCUGGCCAUGAGGAGGAGGGGGGCGCCCGGCCACACCGGCUUGCUGAGGAGAUCGGGGGGCCCCGGGGGAGGUUCCCCGCCUUCGCACGAGAGGAGGAGAGGAGCGGGAGGUUUCGGGGAAUCGGCAUAUUUCUUCAAGGACAAGGAAGGACUCCGGGAUUUUUACCUGGAUCAGUUUCGCCCCAAGGAGAACGCCCCGCACUGGGAACACGUGGACCUCACGGAUAUUUACAAGGAGCCCCCGCUGGGAUCCGGGAAUGGAGGGGGGGUGAGGGGAGGAGGAGGGGGUGUGGGAGGGAGUUUGGGUCCGGUAGAAGAUUUUCUCAACAGCAAAGAGCAACCUUGGGAAAAGAAUUGCCGCAGCUGCCCUGGAAAGCACAGCUCGGGGGGAGGAGGGGGUUAUUCUGGGGUCGGGGGCAACAACGGGGGCUCUUCCUCGUCCUCUUCCUCGAACCCCAGACCCAGUUCGGCCAGCUGCAUCCGCUGCGAGGCGUGCAAGAAGGCAGGAAAUUUGUAUGAUAUCCGAGAGGAUAGUCCCUCCUCCCUCCUGCCGUUCUCCUCUUCCGGUCCUUCCUUGAAGUACCAGGGGGUGGGGGUGGUAGGAGUGGGAUUAGGGGGGGAGAAGGCAGCCACCCAACAACGGAGGAAAAGCCAGGGAAAGCCGCAGCAGCUUCAGUCCCAGCUGCGGCGCCAACACUCCUACGACACGUUCGUCGACCUCCACAGAGACGACGUCCUCUCGGAGUCCGUUGCCGCGGCCCCCCGCAGCGUCAGCCUGAAGGACAAGGAGCGUUUCCCCGACGGGUGCAGCCCCCCCUUCGCCCACGUCUUCGAUCGCGCGGGCCCCACCCCUACCCCCGCUCCCCCGACGGCUUCCGAAUCCUUUUUCGGCAGCAAAGGAGCUUUCUCCGGGGGUUUCGGAGGUCUGUUUCAACAAGACCAGAGGAGGAAGCCCAAGGAUUAUCCUUUGAGCAAAUCUCUCUACCCAGACAGGGUCAACCAGAACCCCUUUAUCCCCACUUUUGGGGAUGACCAGUGCCUCCUGCACGGAGCCAAAUCGUAUUAUUACAAGGAGCCCCAGCAACAAGCGGGGGCUGUCGGGUUCCUCAAGGGAAGCAGGGGAAUGGAUUAUCGAGGAGCUCUGGGGGCGACCUCUUUCCUCCCCGCCACCGCAGCCGCUGGGGUCCUCUCGAAUGUGGUGCGAGGAGGGGGGCUGGGGUUCCCUAAAGAGGUCCCGGGAAUGAGUAACCAUCACUCUGGAGGGGGGUUGGGGGACGGUAAGAACGGAGGGGUGGCGGCAGUGACGGCUGGACAGAGACCCUUCAACGGGGGGUCCAGUAACGGACAUGUCUACGAGAAGCUGUCAAGCAUCGAGUCCGAUGUGUAGAGAGGGGAGAGAGGGGGGAAGAGAGGAGAGGAGAGAGGAAAGCAGAAAGGAGAAAGGGGAGAGGAAAAAUUAGAGGAGAGGGGAAAGGAGAGAGGAGAAAUGAGAGGAGAGAGGAAAGGGGAAGGGAGAGGAGAGAGGAGAGAAGGAAGGGAGAGGAGAAGAGAGAGGGGAAGAGAGGGGAGAGGAGAAGAGAGAGGAGAAAUGAGAGGAGAGAGGGAAGGG